CGGGCCGGCGGAAGCGCGGCGAGCUCCCGCCUCCCGCCGGGGUCGGGGGUGAGCCGCGCCCGCGGGCUCCGGGCGCCCAUGGAGGGCUCGGAGGACGAGGAGCCGGGGCCCGAGGGGCCGCUGCAGCGGCUGCUGAAGCGGCAGCGCAAGGAGAAGCGGGAGCUCCAGGCAAAAAUUCAAGGCAUGAAAAAUGCUGUUCCCAAGAAUGAUAAGAAGAGACGAAAACAGCUGGCAGAUGAAGUUGCCAAACUAGAGGCAGAACUUGAACAGAAGCACAAGGAGGAAUUAAAGCAGCUGAAGGAAGCUUCACCUGAACAGAAUAAGACAGAUUCCAUAGUUGAUGGGGUUGCAAAUAUAGAGCUUGAAGGAGUAGAGCAGCAGAUUCAGCAUCAUCGAAUAUCAAAAGCACAGAAGAGGCGGGAGAAAAAAGCUGCUUUGGAGAAAGAAAGAGAAGAAAGAAUAGCUGAAGCUGAGAUACAAAAUCUAACAGGUGCUAGACAUCUUGAAAGUCAGAAACUUGCCUGCCUAUUGGCAGCAAGGCAUUUAGAGAUUAAACAAAUCCCUUCAGAUGGCCAUUGCAUGUACAGAGCUAUUGAAGAUCAGCUCAAGGAUCACCAAAAUUCCUGGACUGUUGCAACUCUGAGGAACCAAACAGCAAAGUAUAUGCAAAGUCACUGUGAUGACUUCUUGCCUUUUCUUACAAAUCCUAAUACUGGAGAUAUGUAUAGCAGAGAGGAAUUUGAGAAAUACUGUGAUGAUAUAGCAAAUACAGCUGCAUGGGGAGGUCAGUUGGAACUAAGGGCUUUGUCACACAUUUUACAAACACCGAUUGAAGUAGUGCAGAUGGAUUCUCCUCCCAUUGUUGUUGGUGAAGAAUAUUCAGGCAAACCAAUAACACUUGUGUAUAUGAGGCAUGCCUAUGGAUUAGGAGAACAUUACAAUUCUGUGAAAGUUCUAACAGACACUGCUACAGAGAACAGCAGCUAGCAUACAAAAGUUAUGCAUUCACUUUGGAUAACUGUUGCAUCGUGAUGUGUUUGGCUCCAAGAAAUUCCCAGUAAGACUGGAAAUGG